CGGAGCGCGCGCGCACACACACGCACACACUCACACACGAGCAUCCCGAAGGGUAUAUAAGGCUCGCACCCGCGAGGCUGCGGAGAUACUUCGUGCAGCCGCGACUUCAGCCUCGCCCCUCGAAUUUGCUCCUUGGGUUAUUUCGUUUUCCUGUCUCCUUUCCCCCUUAGCCACCCCUUUUGCGCUGCGCUCUCGCGGUUUCUCUCAGCCUUUCUGCCUGGAACUGAAUGUAGGUAGGAAACAGGUCGGCGUGCGGAAAAACACUGAAUAGGCAGAAAUAAGGCAAACUAACAGAGACGCAACAGGUCGGGUGCUCGGUGGCGAGGGCGAGCGGCGGCCCCUCGCUGUGCCUCUCGCGCAGUCCCCUUGGAGCCUGGGCGGGCGCUGUCGAGGACCCUUUCUGAGGUGUUCGUCCUCUGAGGGGCUAGGAGGGCCAUUCGGGUGGGUUUCAUUCUGGUUUUAACCUUUUUUGCCACCAGUCCCCAGACUGAGGGUGCUUUUCACUCCCAGCUGGGGGGAGAGAAGAGAGCGGAGAGGAUGGUCCACGACCGCUGGUCUCGGCGCUGAGGAAAGCGGAGCUCCAUCUCCGUGCCCCGACUCGAUCUCCGCCAACUAGUUGUGCAGCCACCCAGACUGAACUUUUGGAGGAAUCGUCCUUUUUCUUUCCUUUCAAGAUUCUUGGAAGUGGUAGAGAGUGGGAGGCGAAGCCGAGGCAGCUGAUCCCUCCACGAUGCUGGUGAAGAAGCAUGCGGGGAAAGGUGGGGGCCGGGAGCCAGGCUCCGAGGACCCGAGGCAGCGUUGUGCCUGGACCGUGCCGCCGUGCACCUCCCUGGCGGCCCUUCUCUCAGUGGUGGCCCUGAUGUCUUGUCUGUACCUUGGGGUGAAAACCAACGACCUCCAGGCGAGGAUCGCUGCUCUCGAAUCCGCAAAAGGGGACCCUUCCAUCCAUCUGCUCCCUGAUCGCCUGGAUCAGCUCAAAGCAGUGGUGCAAGAGAAAGUGGAGCAACUUCUGGCUCAGAGAUCCUAUGAACAUAUGGCUAAAAUAAGAAUCGCAAGAGAAGCACCUUCAGAGUGCAACUGCCCAGCAGGCCCUCCGGGGAAACGAGGUAAGAGGGGCCGAAGAGGAGAAUCUGGUCCUCCUGGCCAACCUGGUCCUCAGGGCCCUCCUGGUCCAAAAGGUGAUAAGGGAGAACAAGGUGACCAGGGACCUCGGAUGGUGUUUCCUAAAAUCAAUCAUGGGUUUCUCUCUGCUGAUCAGCAGCUCAUUAAACGCCGCCUCAUUAAGGGUGACCAAGGGCAGGCUGGGCCUCCAGGACCUCCAGGCCCUCCCGGCCCAAGAGGGCCUCCUGGGGACACAGGGAAAGAUGGCCCUCGUGGAAUGCCAGGAGUGCCUGGUGAAUCAGGGAAACCAGGAGAACAAGGCUUGAUGGGUCCUCUGGGGCCUCCAGGACAAAAGGGUUCUGUUGGAAUGCCUGGAAUUCCAGGGGUGAAUGGUCAAAAGGGUGAGCCUGGGUUGCCUGGAACAGUAGGACAAAACGGAAUACCAGGGCCAAAGGGAGAACCCGGAGAUCGAGGAGAAAAGGGAGAUGCUGGAGAGAGUGGACCCAAAGGUGACACAGGCGAAAAGGGUGACCCUGGAUCAUCUGCGGCAGGAAUUAAGGGGGAACCUGGAGAAUCUGGUCGUCCAGGGCAAAAGGGUGAACCAGGGCUUCCUGGGCUUCCUGGACUUCCGGGGAUAAAGGGAGAACCAGGUUUCAUUGGUCCUCAAGGAGAACCAGGCUUACCAGGGUUACCAGGAACAAAGGGUGAACGUGGGGAGGCAGGGCCUCCUGGAAGAGGUGAGCGAGGGGAGCCUGGAGCCCCUGGACCAAAGGGGAAACAAGGUGAAUCAGGAACUAGAGGCCCAAAGGGGUCAAAGGGUGAUCGUGGAGAGAAAGGGGACUCUGGAGCCCUGGGACCAAGGGGUCCACCUGGUCAAAAGGGAGAUCAAGGAGCCACUGAGAUCAUAGACUACAAUGGCAACCUCCACGAAGCCUUGCAGAGGAUUACCACCUUAACUGUCACGGGUCCCCCUGGACCACCUGGACCUCAAGGACUACAAGGGCCAAAGGGAGAGCCAGGAUCUCCAGGAAUCCCAGGAGUUGAUGGAGAGCAGGGACUUAAAGGCUCAAAGGGAGACAUGGGGGACCCAGGUAUGCCAGGUGAAAAAGGAGGAAUCGGACUUCCUGGAUUACCGGGUGCCAAUGGAAUGAAAGGAGAAAAAGGAGACUCUGGAUUACCAGGUCCUCAGGGUCCUUCUAUCAUAGGCCCACCAGGCCCACCAGGCCCCCAUGGCCCACCAGGCCCCAUGGGACCUCAUGGACUUCCUGGACCAAAGGGUACAGAUGGCCCUAUGGGACCCCAUGGCCCUGCAGGUCCCAAAGGAGAAAGAGGUGAAAAAGGAGCUAUGGGAGAGCCUGGACCCAGAGGACCCUAUGGUCUGCCUGGGAAAGAUGGAGAGCCUGGUCUUGAUGGCUUCCCUGGUCCACGAGGCGAGAAGGGUGAUGUAGGAGAAAAGGGGGAAAAGGGGGAAAAGGGAAAGAAAGGCAAAAAGGGGCCUAAAGGGGAGAAAGGAGAACAGGGUGCUCCUGGAUUAGAUGCACCUUGCCCGUUGGGGCCAGAUGGAUUACCUAUGCCUGGCUGUUGGCAAAAGUGAUGAAUCUAACCUUCCGAGCAUGAAGUUGUAUAUAUAAUGGUCCACUUUUUAUAUUUAUAGUUGAAAAUCGAAUUGCAGAUUUUACAAGUCUGAGAUAUGUUUACAUAUAGCUGCUUCUUCCUGUUUGCAAUAGUACACAUGUCCAUCUUUUCUCCACUUCCAUCUGAAAUUGGGCAAUAUGUGAAACCAGUGAGAAGCCUGCAAAAAAUAUAGAUCAGUAUCUCUUUACCUUAUGUGAAGAUAUGUAUUUAAAUGGACACAUCAGUGAUACAGAAUGAUUGUUCUUGCUAUUUUCUUACUUUGGGCUUGUUAAUUGCAUGGACAAAAAGUGCCAUGAAAUAGUUUACAUGAAAUCGUGACCAAAUACGGACUCGAAACUACAAAUAGGUACUAUACUAACUGAUUUUAGAGUUUAUCGUCACAUCCCUACUCACCUCACUGUUAGCAUUGAUUGGUGCCCACACCACCCAUUGAAACUGACUAAAGAAAGCAUGAGUGUGCCAAACCUGCUUGACGUUCAGAUGCUAGCAUGCCGCUUAAUGAGUCUUUUGACCACAUCUGAGCCUUUAUUUCUUUUGUCAUCUCAAGGGGGUUACACCAUGGCUUAUUGCCAAAAAGAGAUAAGGUGGCGGAGAGCACACACACAAAUGGUCUUGUAUUUUGAGGGAGCUGCAGUCCCAACUGCAGAUCUACCUACAGCUUCCAGUAUUGUGGGCUCACGUGGCCACCUUGGUUGAAACAUCAAGGGAUUGAGCUGGUUGCCUCCACUUAUUUUUCCUUGGGCUGACCUUGGCAGUGAAGACAAGGGAAGAGGACCGCUUCAGCAUCCUGCGCUGUCUCUCCUGUGACCAAGUAGGAAAGAGGUUUACAAAUGCAGACACCCGGAACAACAGACUUUUAAAAAAAUAAACUGAAUUCCAACAAGUGUUAAUAUGGGUGCUUUUGGAAACUGACAGAGGCAUAUGGCACUUCUUUAGGGUAGGAGGUUCUUGGAAUGGCAGCCCCCGUUCCUGCGGACAAAGGAUGUGUACAUCCCACCACAGGGAAGGGUACCACUCCCGAGAACGGCUUGGCUGAAAUAACCUCUUCUGAAAUUGUAGGGAGCUCACCCUACAAGCUCUACUGAAGCUGAUGCUGUCCUUCCUAAUGAUAUCCAACUUAUUUCAAACAUUUUCUACAAAGUUCUAGAAACAGAUAUUUUUCAUUCUUUUUUAUACUUUUCCUUUCUAGUUCCAGCAAUAUUAAGAAAAGAUUUCUUUCCAUUUUUGUCACAUUUGUUUUGAACAAUUUUUUAAAACAAAGUCUUCUAAACCUAAAAUAACUUGGUAGCAAUAGUCAAGAUGACUUUUUACUAACUUCUCUCUUGUUUUGAAUAACUGAAGAGAAUAUAAAAGAAGCUCCACUUUCAGUUCAUUGUAAAGCAUUAAAGUUAAGCAGGGUUUUUUAGUACUUUUUGACUUUUUUUUCAUAUGAUGACUCUAACUUACAUGGUGAUCAUCAGUUAAGUCAAGAUUUGGUCACAUUUGAUAGUAUUAACUCAUUUCUAUUUCUUGUAAUUCUAUUUAGAUCUAAGUUUUGUCCAUAUUUAGAUUUCUUUAUCUUUUUUUUUUACAUUUUUGUCUUAUGCACAGACCAAAUCUGUAUGUCAGAAAGCUGUGAAAUAUAGUUGCCAUAGAGUGUUUUUUUCAAUUACUUCCUCAAAACGAUUAAUUGUAUUAGACUGAGCAUUUCUUUGCACAGUAAAGAGUUGGUAACAUGUUUUGAAAUGGCUUAUUCUGAGUGGAAGGGUUACAUUAGGAGAAACAUCAUCAAUGAGGAGUAGUCCAUAGGACAAUAUACUCUCUCUCCUGACUUAAUGCCAUUUUGUGGGAAAAUUUCUAGUUCCAUUCAUAAGUGUUCACCACCAGAGGGGAAAUGAACUCAUCAUCGGGUUUAUGGUGACAACAGUUGAGACAUGACUAUAAAUAAGACAAAGAUCCUAAGAUGCUUGUGAUCUCUUUAAUAUUAUAUAGCCAAAUGUUCAGUUAUACAAAAUGCCUCCUUUUUAUUUCUAAUAAGUUUUCAAGAUUGGAAAGAUGUUCAAACUCUUAGAUCAACCUAAUUGGUAACAUUUCUAGUAACAUUCCACACUUGAAGCCAAUUUGGCAUUUUUAAAACAAUAGAGUACAUUUAUUUCCUAACCAUCUGUUUGACAUGGUUAGGAAAAAGUAUUGUUCAGUGUCUGCAACAAUUUGUCUUAAAUGGUUUGGAAAUAUGAACUAAAGCAGGUAGGACUACUGUCUCUUCAGGAAAACAAAUAAUAGUGUCUUGAGAAAAAUCUGGUGGCUAUAUUUCUUUCUCUCUUUCUUUCUACUCCUAUAGUAGAAAGAGGUAUUGAGAUGAAUCACUAUUGAAAACUUGCACAGCUUCAAAACAAAAUACCUCAAUAUCAAAGAGAAACAUUUUAUAUAAAUUUUUUUUUCAAAUGUAGCCCUUUUAGAAUACUGUUCUGUCUUAUGUGUAUAUUGGGGGGUUUGCUCUACAACUGAUUUGACAAUAUUGAUUUUUAUUCUAUGAGUAAAGGAAGUCGUAAACUUCCGUUGCAUUUAUUUCCUUGGGAAAAACAAAGAGAUGAUAGUACUCCUCUUUGUUCGGUGAAAUUGUUAGGUGUUAACCACCAUGGAUAGAUAAUCUUCAACUUUUGGUUACAAAAAUAUUUUCAGCCAUCCAUUUUGUCAUCAGUACAGAGAAUCCUCAAAUAAUUGCUGAAUGAACUAAUAAAUUAUGCCGCUGGUGUAUGUGUUGGCAGAUAUAUUUUUUUCUUCAAGAUUUCCAACCUUUAGUGUGUAUUAUUGGAUAGAGGAUUGAGAAAAAAUGCAUGAAAGACAUUGGCAAUAAGUCAAAAUCUAUUUCUAUUUCUGAUAAGCAUCUUUUAAGAAUGCCAAAUUGGUAUGUGUUUUAACUUCAAAAUUGUUUUCCAUCCCUGUUGGUGCUAAUAUAUUUUCUUUUCUUUAUGGACAAUGCAACCCUACUAUGGAUAAUUGUGUUUCUCUGUUUGAUAGCAUUCCUAAACUGUUAGUGUGUGAUUUUAUUUUUGAAGUUCAUGAAUUUGCUGUAAUACGGUUCAAUGACCAGUCUUUCUUAAUGUAAAACAAAACAAAACAGUGUACCUAUAGAUGAUGUGUGCCUACUCGGAUCAUGGAUCUUAUUUCAUGUUCAUUUCAUAUACCAUGUGCCUUUAUCAACUUUCAUCCUCGUCUUUUAGCUUAUUUAAUUUGAGUAAGUCUGACAAAACCAAUGUUAGAUAAGUCUAACACAUUCAUAGAGUACCUGACACACAGAUAUGCCUGAAUUUUCUUCUAGCUUUCAUUUCCAUUAUGAGAAGCUGUCUUGGAGGAUUUUUCUUUCUUAUUUGAUUUUAUAGAAAACAUAAGAAUAUCUUGGAUUUCUACCAAAAAAGAAAAAAGUCUGUUCUUGAAUUUACUUUCUGUGCAUGAUGUUCUGAUGGGACGGUAAGCACUUAUGCAUCCGGCAGUUCCUUCUACAUGUCCUCUGCCUACAAUACAUACAUAUAUCUGCUAGUUUGGAAAAUAGUCAAAUCAGCAUGUCAAGAUCUAUGGGAAAAUUUUCUGGUCUCUUACGUUUUUAUCACUUAAAAAACGUGCUUAAUUUUCCAAAGUUUUUUAAUUUUACUCUUGUACCAUAAAAAGUUAAUAUUGCCUUUCAUCCCUUUUUUUUUUUUUUUUUUUUUUGCCAAUAUAUAUUCUCUUACCCAGAAAUAAGUUAUGCUUGAAUGGUGGGUGGUGUUUUGAUAUUGUAGUAAGCGAUCAUAGGAACAUGCAAAUACUGAUAUUUGAAACCUUGUUUUUCUCUAUGUCUUGAUAACCAAGUUAUAUUAAUAAUUAACAUUACCAAAAAUGAACUUUUAUAAUUUCUACCAAAACAAACAAAAAAACCUCUGCUAUCUCUAAAAAGUCAAGUCCAUAGCAACCUCACUUUAUGUCCUCAAAAAUAAUUAAGAACAAUCACAUGUGAUUCUGGUGAUUAAAAUCAUUCAUUUCUAGUGGAAUUAAUAUACUUGACCGAUCAUGAUUCCAUUGUAUUAUUUUAAAAUGUAACAACCUUACAUCCCUUUUUUUCCCAUUUUAUUGACAUAUCUUCAUAUUGGCUAGAUUUACUAUAUGCCAUAGCAGAGAUAAACUUCCAACUUAAAUUUUUGGUAGAUUUUGUUUUUGCUAAUCCAAUACUAAAAUAUUUUAAUGGCAUUUCUGAUUUUUUUAAUGUAUUUAAUGCAUAAGAUUCCCUAUGCUGCUUUAUUGACAGAACUGUCUUUUUGGGAAUAGGAAGACUUUUCAACCUGACCUGUUACAUUUGAUUUAUAGGUAAAGUAACAACAUUUCUCAAAAUGCAGUAGAUAUUCUCACAUAUCUCAGAAAUAUUAAUAAAUUGGAUUCACAAAAGAAUGUCUUAACCUAUUGUUGACAUUUAUGUGAAUAUUCUUUAUACUGUUGUAAAUGUUUCAUCCAACUUAAUAACGUUUUAAAAGAUGUAUGUAUCUGAUUUUCCUUUAGAAAAUAUUAUAUUUUUAUUUGUAUUUUUUACAUUUGAAAGUUCAUCUCUAUGUGCAGCUAUUUUUAUAUUGCCAAAAAAUCACAUAAAUACAAAAUAAGAGGAAAAUGCAAAAAAAAAUAUUUUGGCAAGCAUUACACUGCAUAUUUUUCUUAAUGUUUUGUGGGCCAGUCUCAUGUAAUUGAUUAUUCUAAGAAUGUGUGGUGUCUUAUCACUGUAAAUAUGGCACAAACCUGUUUUUCUCAGUAGUGUAAAUAAUUGAAAGAUUGAAUUCUUCCUGUUUGGUUUCUUAUUUCAAUUUCAUUAUAAUUUCUCCAGCUGACAUUGCUGAAUCAAAAGACGUAUGAUUUUUGAUUUGCAGUUUGGAGAUAAUUGCAUUGUUUCAGUUUCUAAUUUGUUUUUAUUUGCUUUUUUAACUUGUUUUCAGGGUUCCUAGUUUGUGAGAAGUUGAUCUUCAGAAUUAUUUUUACACUAUUUAUGACUUAUUUUCAUAAUGUAAAAAGUGUGUAAUUAUUCCAAUAUUAAUCCAAACAAUGGUAAUGAAUUGUAUUGUUAUAAAGCUUUAUUGAUGUUCAUGAA